AUGAAAGCUCAGCCCCUGUACAAGGAAAAGAUAAAUAAAUGGCAUGAUGCUAAAAUUCUUAAGAGGGAGUUUAAACUGGGAAACUGGGUGUUACUAUACAAUUCCCGACUUAGACUCUUUCCAGGAAAGCUCAAGUCCAAAUGGUCAGGACCAUUUAGAGUGACAAGAGUACUCACCAAUGGUGCCAUAGAAGUCGAGGGUCAAGAGGGGCCUGCAUUUAAGGUGAAUGGGCAACGCUUAAAAUUAUACUUUGGAGAAUUCCAGGAGAUUUCUCUGGUUGAGGUGGUGUACCUGGAAGAUGCUUGA